AUGGGCAAAACUGCCGACCCUCGGGGUCCGGGAGGCCGGCCCGACCAGGUGCGGAGCUUCAAUCAUUGGAAGAAGAAGCACAGCCAUAAGCAGAGCCAAAAGAAACAGUUGAGGAAGCAGCUGAAGAAGCCUGAGUGGCAGGUCAAGCGCAAGGUUAUCAGCUGGCUGAUGCAGAACUGUGAAAAGAUAAAUGUAAAUGAAAUUACAAGAUUUUCAGAUUUCCCCUCGUCCAAAAAAACACUGAAAGGUUUGCAAGAAGCUCAGUACCGUUUGGUGACUGAGAUACAGAAGCAGACCAUUGGGUUGGCAUUGCAAGGUAAAGACGUCCUUGGAGCUGCCAAAACUGGAUGUGGCAAGACUUUGGCUUUCCUUGUUCCCGUGCUGGAAGCCUUGUAUUGUCUGCAGUGGAGCUCAACAGAUGGGCUGGGGAUUCUGAUUAUAUCACCUACAAGAGAACUGGCCUAUCAGACCUUUGAGGUUCUUCGAAAAGUAGGGAAGAAUCAUGACUUUUCAGCUGGCCUCAUCAUUGGUGGAAAGGAUCUGAAACACGAAGCUGAGAGGAUCAAUAACAUAAAUAUACUUGUUUGCACACCAGGUCGGCUUCUUCAGCACAUGGAUGAAACGAUAUGUUUUCAUGCUACCAAUCUCUAGAUGUUAGUUCUUGAUGAAGCAGACAGAAUCUUGGAUAUGGGCUUUGCUGAUACCAUGAAUGCUAUUAUUGAAAAUCUUCCCAAGAAAUGUCAGACUUUGCUUUUCUCAGCUACACAAACCAAAUCUGUAAAGGACCUUGCACGCUUGAGUUUGAAAGACCCUGAGUGUGUUUGGGUUCAUGAAAAAGCAAAAUACAGCACCCCUGCCACUUUGGAACAGAACUACAUAGUUUGUGAGCUGCAGAAAAAAAUUGUGCUCUAUUCCUUUUUGAGAAGCCACCUGAAGAAGAAAAGCAUUGUAUUUUUCUCCAGUUGUAAAGAGAUUCAAUAUCUUUACCGAGUGUUCUGCCGGCUGUGUCCUGGUGUUUCUAACCUCACCCUGCAUGGUUGACAGCAGCAGAUGAGGAGGAUGGAAGUCUAUAAUGAAUUUGUCUGCAAGAGAGCGGCAGUACUCUUUGCUACUGAUAUUGCAGCCAGGGGGCUGGAUUUCCCAGCUGUGAAUUGGGUUCUUCAGUUUGAUUGUCCAGAGGAUGCCAACACAUACAUUCACAGAGCAGGUAGAACUGCCAGGUACAAAGAAGAUGGUGAAGCUUUAUUAAUUUUGCUUCCCUCAGAAGAUAAAGGAAUGGUGCAGCAGCUUCUUCAGAAGAAAGUGCCUGUGAAGGAAAUCAAAAUCAAUCCAGAAAAACUUAUAGAUGUUCAGAAAAAAUUGGAAUCAUUUUUAGCUCAAGAUCAAGAUUUAAAAGAAAGAGCUCAAAGGUGUUUUAUCUCCUACAUACGUUCAGUGUAUCUGAUGAAGGAUAAAGAAAUAUUUGAUGUAAGCAAGUUACCUAUACCUCAAUAUGCCCUGUCUCUUGGUCUUGCUGUGGCACCAUGGGUAAGAUUUCUGCAGAGAAUGCAAAAACAGCCCAACAGAGAACUGGUGGUGAGCCAGGAUGAUAAAGUAAUUGAGCCAAGGACUCUCUCCCUCACCAAUGAAGAAGUGGAAGAAUUUAGAGCCUACUUCAGUGAGAAAAUGUCUAUUCUUCAGAAAGGUGGGAAAAGACCAGAAGGGACAGAGUACAGGCUGUCUAGUGGCAUUUGUGAUGAAGAGGAAGAAAAGAAAGAAUAUGAAGAAGAAACGGAAGAGAAACUGGGAAAAGCAAAAGGGUCUCAGCCUCAAUCUGUUCCUAGCAACGAAGAGUCACAGAAGAGCAAAGAAGUUCCUAUGCAGUUCUUGGACAGAGAUGAUGAGGAGGAGGGCGACGGCCUCGAUGCUGACUUCUUUAAGGUGAAGCAGCACAAUGUGUUUGGGUUGGAUCUUAAGGAGAAUAAAAAGUUACAGAAGAAAGAACCUUCUAAAUCCAGUGUGAAGAAAAAAGUGACCAAGUUUCCAGAAGCAAAAAAAGUAAUGAAGAGAAAUUUUAAAGUAAAUAAGAAAAUUAAGUUUACUGAUGAGGGGGAGUUGGUUCAGCAGUGGCCACAAGUGCAGAAAUCUCUCUCCAAGGAUGCUGAGGAAGAGGACGAUGCUGGUGAUAUCAACUUAAAUAAAGCCAAGGAGAGGCUUCAGGAAGAGGACAGAUUUGACAAAGAAGAAUACAGGAAGAAAAUCAAGGCAAAAUACCGGGAGAAAAGACUGAAAGAAAGGGAAGCCAGAAGAGAGGCCAAUAAGAGACAAGCAAAGGCUACAGAUGAAGAGGAAGCCUUUCUGGAUUGGAGUGAUGAUGAUGAUGAUGGAUUAGAUCCAAGUACACUUCCAGAUCCAGAUAAGUACAGAAGCUCUGAAGAAUCAGAGAGUGGAGACGUGGAAAAUAAAAUUAGUGAUACCAAGAAGAAGCAGGCAAUGAGGAAAAGGAACAACAGUGAAGUGGAAGACGUGGGACCCACAAGUCAUGACAGAAAGAAGACCAAGUGGGAAAUCUUAGAACCUUUGGAUACAUCUGCUUAA